GUAUGUGCUAGGACAGGUUGAAAAGAGCAGAGUAGCGAUGGGGAGGCUGGUCUUUUUACUUCAUGUAUGUGCGUGGACUUUUGCCUUUGGAAAUGGGUGCAAUUAUUCUAACACAACCCCAGAUUUUGGAGCCCUCUACCAUGUCAAAGGAGUCAUCAGCCUCCCUUACGCUGAAAUAGAAGAGCCAUUUGAAGCCUGGUACAACCUUACUGGCAACAAGAGUCGCAUUGAAUACUAUAAUGGCCAGGUGGUGACAUUGCAGCUUGGAUGUUUAGAGCCCUAUGGUGCCUUGUUCAAGAUUACACCAGCCACCACAGAAGAACUGGUCAAUAUUGAGAAAUGCUUCCUGUUAAAUGGCACCAAAGAAAAACAUGUGAAGCCACAAGGAGUCUUUCCUGACAUGAAAGAUUUCAAGUUUGUAAGAGAAGAGUACUACAAAGGCCAAUAUAGCGCCGUGUGGCAGAGCAUAACCCAGUGGGGCAAGAAGAAGAAUGUCUAUACAAUGUGGGUGACGAACACCAGCUGCGGGGUCUCCCCUGUACAUUACGAGAUGAAGGGUUACAACAACUUGCUGGGAUCCCACUACGACAAGUAUGAAAUCGAUUACAGUGACUUCUCCAACAGCUUUCCAGCUUCCAUCUUCAACUUGAAAGCAAACGAAACCAAACUCUGUGAUGAGCUGCCAGGGGAUUCCACAGAGCACCACAUCAUCGCAAACCCCAUGGCUGAUUUUGUUGGUGGACAAGAGGAUCGUGCCCACACUCUGUUCCACCAUUACAGAAAACAGUUCGGAAAGAACUACGACACUGAGCAGGAGAUGGAACAUCGGAAGCACGCCUUCACCCACAACAUGAGGUUUGUCCAUUCCAAGAAUCGAGCCAACCUUCCGUUUAAGCUGGCCCUGAAUCACCUGGCCGAUCUCACCCAGGAAGAGGUGGCAGUGAUGAGGGGGAAACUCAAGAGCACGGCACCCAACAAGGGGCUGCCGUUUUCCGAGGAGCUGUAUACAGGCCUCAUCUUGCCAGAAAGUUUGGACUGGCGACUCUAUGGGGCAGUGACUCCUGUCAAAGAUCAGGCUGUCUGUGGUUCCUGCUGGAGUUUUUCCAGUACAGGAUCCCUCGAAGGAGCUCUCUUCCUUAAGACUGGGCAUCUCAUCUCCCUGUCUCAGCAAAUUCUCAUCGACUGCUCCUGGGGCUUUGGGAAUUAUGCCUGCGAUGGUGGUGAGGAGUGGCAAGCAUUUGAAUGGGUCUUGAAGCAUGGCGGCAUUGCCACCACCGAGUCUUAUGGGCCCUACAAAGGACAAAAUGGCUACUGUCACAGCAACAAGACUCACCUCGUGGGCAAGCUCUCAGGUUACGUCAAUGUCACUUCUGGGAACAUCACUGCUCUGAAGGCGGCCAUUUACAAGCAUGGUCCGGUGUCGGUCAGCAUUGAUGCCUCCCACAGGACUUUCUCCUUCUAUUCUAAUGGGGUGUACUACGAGCCCAAAUGUAAAAACAAGAGGGGCGGGCUCGAUCAUGCUGUCCUGGCUGUCGGUUAUGGUGUCCUUCAAGGAGAGCUUUACUGGCUGGUCAAGAACUCUUGGUCUACAUACUGGGGCAACGAUGGCUACAUCCUUAUGUCCAUGAAAGACAACAACUGUGGUGUUGCUACUGAUGCCACUUUCCCAAUUAUGGCUUAAUGAGAGCACAGCUUGGCCAAUUCCUUCAGGCAAUUUUGAAGAAAAUGCAAGUUCCACCCUUCCUUUUUUUUUUGUACUGAAGCAGGACUGCCUUCCUUUCAUCUCCUAAACUUAAUCUUAAAUCACAGAACUGGAAGAAACUCAGAUUUUUUUUUUUUAGGUAGGACAACUCAAUUGUUACUGUUGAUGAGUUUUUCUAGAACCCAGGCCACUUUGCAAAGUAAGUUUUGCAUUGAAAAGCUGGGAAUGGGUGCCCCAAAUAAAUAAGAUGGUCAGGUCCAUCCUUCUUCCUGGCAGUACCCAGCUGAAAUGUAAAGAGGACUUCAGCUCUCUUUUCCAAUAGUUUAGAUAUCUCCCAAUCUUCCUAGAGCUUUCUCCCAAAAAUACAGAGCAGGGAAAUUCAUUGUGGCUUCACCAUUUCCUAUAAAGGUAAAGACUUCCUCCAGUCAAGUUCAACUGGAUUGACCAUACUCCUCUGAUUAUUCCAGGUUGUUUCCUUAGCAGUGAUAUAUAGG